GCGGUUAUCCGGGGACGGAUUAUUCUCUGCCGGGCAACACCAACAAUUUCCCUUCGGUGAGUAUUGAAGCCGGUCCCGAACGGGGAGUUCUGAUGUUGGGCAGAGAGUCCCCUUAACUUUCCCGAACUCAAACAGGAGAGUCUGCAGAUGCUGGAAAUGCGAGCAACGCGCAUAAAAUGCCGGAGGAACUGGCAACGUCCAGGAAGAGAGUUAAGAGUCGACGUUACCGGCAGGACUGGAGAAUAACUGCUGGGGGUGGGCAAGGGAGAGAGAAACACAAGGUCAUCGGUGAAUCUUUCCUGAACUUUCCCGAACUGGCGGCCUCGCCUCGCUUCCUUCACAGAAUCUGCCGGGGUCAGUCCGGGUUGUGAGACCUUCACACCGGAUCUUCUGAGAUGAGCCGCCGCUCAGCCCCUGUUGUUCUGGUCCUAUUAGCAGGAUGACGUAAAACAUAUUUCUAUAUUGUUACUGAUGGAGAAUUGUACUAUUCAUGUUCCGUGUGUUAUCUGAAUGUACUUGCCUGUGAUGCUGCUACAAGUCAUUGUUUCUCUGUACCUGUAUCUUCCCGUGGUCGCUCACCUGGCAACAAAUUCGACAGGACCUGAGAAAACUCGGUUAAAAAUGACAAGGAAUUUGUCUAUGGGAAUUUCGAACACAACACGCCAGUUUUUCUGUCUCUGUCCAGAUAUUUAAAAAGUUGCAACGGAUUCACUUGAUCAUCCUUCCUGCUCAGACUUUGGGGAGGUAUUCAAUCAUUCAUCUGACCAACUGGCACGCCCGUCAUUUUACACAGGGGAAAGGGCGUUCAUCUGCUCAGAGAGUGGGAAUGGAUUCACUCCGUCAUUUCAACUGAAGGUACAUCAGCUAGUUCAGACUGGGCAAGACCAUUCACCUGUUCUGUGUGAGGAGGCAUCCAGUCGGUUUUCCCACCUGUGGAUACACCAGUCACUGGGCAGAGUCUGGUCAUCUGCUGAAUUUGUGGGGAAGGAUUCACUCGGUCAUCUGACCUAAUGGCUCACCAGCGAGUUCACACUGGGGAGAGGCCGUUCACCUGCUCGAUCUGUGGGAAGGAAUUCACUCGGUCAUCUGACCUACUGGUACACAAGUCAGUUCACACUGGGGAGAGGCCGUUCACCUGUUCAGACUGUGGGAAGGGAUUCAGUCAGUCAUCCCAACUGAAGGUACAUCAGCGUGUUCACACAGGGGAGAGGCCAUUCACCUGCUCAGAUUGUGGGAAGGGAUUCACCCGGUCAUCCAACCUACUGGUACACCAGCGAGUUCACACUGGAGAGAGGCCAUUCACCUGCUCAGACUGUGGGAAAGGAUUCAGACAUUUAGCUACCCUACAAGCACACCGGUCAGUUCACACUGGGAAGUGGCCGUUCACUUGUUCAGACUGCAGGAAGGGAUUCACACGGUUAGCUAGCCUACAAGCACACCAGUCAGUUCACACCGGGGAGUGGCCAUUCAGCUGCUCAGACUGUGGGAAGGGCUUCACUCGGUCAUCUGACCUACUGGCACACCUGUCAGUUCACACUGGGGAGAGGCCAUUCACCUGCUCCAACUGCAGGAAGGGAUUCACUCGGUCAUCCCAACUGAAGGUUCACCAGUCAGUUCACACUGGGGAGUGGCCGUUCACCUGCUCAGACUGUGGGAAGGGAUUCACUUGCUCAUCCGAACUGAAGGUACAUCAGCGAGUUCACACUGGGAAGUGGCCGUUCACUUGUUCAGACUGCAGGAAGGGAUUCACACGGUUAGCUAGCCUACAAGCACACCAGUCAGUUCACACCGGGGAGUGGCCGUUCACCUGCUCAGUCUGUGGGAAGGGAUUCACUCAGUCAUCCCACCUACUGACACACCGGUCAGUUCACACUGGGGAGUGGCCGUUCACCUGCUCAGACUGUGGGAAGGGAUUCACUUGGUCAUCUCAACUACAGAGACACCAGUGAGUUCACACUGGGGAGAGACUGCUGACCUGCUCAAUUUGUGCAAAGGGAUUCACACGGUCAUCUCAACUAAAGAGACACCAGUGUGUUCACACUGCAUAGAGGCCGAUCUCCUGCUCAGACUUUGGGAAGCGAUUCUCUCAGCCAAAUCAACCAAAUGUGCAUCAUUGAGUUCACACUGGGGAGAGGUUGUUCACCUGCUGUGAAUGUGGGAAGCGGUUCACUCAGUCAUCUAACCUUAUGUAACUCUCGCUUCAUCUGGCAGCUUAAUAUUGUGGAUGAUAGCGCCCGCCCCCCACAGCUCAGCCAAACUUAAGAAAUCUUGAUUGGGUGGAUGGUGCAUGAUGCGUCUCCUGUUACAAAUCAGUGCCCUGGAAUAACAAGCGGUAUGCAAUACGUGAUUUAUCAAUUGAGCUUUAUAAUUCUUACUUUGACUAUAGGGUUAGUAAAGAAAACAAAAAAAGAGAAAGGAAGCUCUAUCUCCAUUUGUGUCUUCUCAUCUCCCUGGCAAAAGACUGCGAAAAUCUCUCUUCCAGACUCACAAGAAAGAACAACAUUUCUCUCAUUGGAUAGCCCCAUAUUCCAAAACCCUGUCGUCUCUAGGCAUAACCUAAACAUUGUUGCUACAGAGAAACCUUUAGCUCAGCAGUGAAAUAUUACAGAGAGGCCAUGACAUUAGCAGUGAAACCUUACAAUAUGUUACACUUGUGACACACUACCAGGUUCACACGGAGAAAGUUUCAAUAAACUUCAUGGUGGAUAUGUAUCCAUCACUGUUGCUGAAUGCAAUUUUGGGAGUGACUGUCAGUGCUAAACUCUGCAAUCAUUGCUGCUGCUCACCACACCUAGUUCUGCACCCUGGUCACUGGGAAUGGGAGGAGGAAUUUCUUCUGCUGCACAUUCACCUUUAAUGUGUUAUGAAAUCCUGUAACUGGAUCACUUACCAGCAAAGAUAGAGAGGUCUGUUGAAGACUGAUGGUACUAUUUUUAAAAGUCUAUUUAUGAAAGGGGCACGAACAUAAGAUUAAUACAUACACUCAAAUAUACGUAGUCACUACUUAAUCUAAAAACGCGGGUCUAAUAAUAACCAUCAAUAGGAAACAGCUCGAUCGUUUGUCUAGGGGAUAAUAUAGUGUCCGAUGGAAAUAUAAAAGUCACUCAAA